AUGACACUGGAGUAUGAACAGUUUGUGCAGCAGUUGACUAGGCUCGCAGAGUCACGCGAGCUGUACAAAAAGCUGCCACUCCUGCGGCACGACCUUGUGCACUCGCCUUGCUGUCUGCACUUAACUGUCCCAAACAGCACACGUAACACAGGCGGACAUAUAGAGCUGCUCAUAACCUUCUCUCGUGUGUACAGGGAGCCUCUGCUGCUGAUCAGAGUGUGGGCAACUACAGCCCUUGACGGCAUAGAAACAUCACAGCUGGCUCACAGCGCAGAGACAAUGGCUACACUCCGCAUACCGAGCUACUUGACGCUCGGACUGGACACCAUCCUCGACGCCCAGUACCCACACGCAUUGCAAGGCGCUUGGUACUCUGUACAUCCUUGUGAUACACGUGAUAUAGUGGGCGAUGAUGUGACUGUGCGCGACACAUACCUCGACCGGUGGGUGAGUGUGUUCCUGCUGUGGGUGUGCCGCUAA